AUGCAGUCUCUUCACCACCAUGCAGAGACAAUCCAGAAGUCGAUGUUGAUCUUGGAUCUCAACGUUGGCGUCCUCAAAAACAUUGGGGACCACUAUGACAACCUCGCUGCCACCGAGUUCAAGGAUAUGGAUGCUUGCAAGGCUGUUAUUAACGAGUUCUUGAGAGAGAUUGCUUCCAUUUCAAAGAUGCUUGAGACGCGUUCGAGACAACUGAAAUGUCUGGCAGCCAACCUGGAACAAGGCAUAUCUUUGUACGACAAAGCUUUACAGCAGAGAAGUGACCAGAUUAACACCAAACUCGCCGAGUAUGCCCAGAAGAACAGCGAGCAAAUGCAAAUAAUAUCCGACAAAACCUCACGACAAACAACUUCGAUGCAUGUCAUUACCGUCGCUACUCUUUUCUUCUUGCCAGCCACUUUUGUAGCAACAUUCUUUCAGAGCGGUGUAUUCCUCUGGAACGAAGAGACACCGGAGGACAUGCAGGCACCAUUCAAGUGGCAAGGUGACAAUUUUCGACUGUUCAUCAAGAUCACCAUCCCGCUGACUAUCGUAACUAUUGGAACAUGGCUAUUCGUGUACUUGAGACUGAGGUGGAGAACAAGCAACCUUUAG